AUGGGCAGCGAUAAGGGCACUGCGCUCAACCCAAACCAAUACGAAAAUGACGAUAAUUGGAAGUCCCAUGUGCGGUGGACUGGACCCCAGAUCUUCAAGCAAUUGCCUCAAAUUUCUCUCAUUUGCGCAGGAAUGGGGACUCUCACCGGUCUUGGAACCUACUUCAAGCAAGCUAAACCGUCAGUAUACAGACUAGGUGUCUGCACCGCGCCUGGCGACCGUGUUCCUGGUCCCCGUUCCUACGCUCUUCUUCAACCCGUCGAGUUCCCAUGGAGAUCCGCGGUCGACCACGUUGAGCAUGUCGGUUCUCAACACUCCUAUUCGCUGUCGCUGGACCUGUGCAGACAAGGCCUCAUCGCCGGCCCGUCCUCAGGUUUCAACCUGCAAGGCCUUUAUCAGUUUCUUGAUAAGCGUAUCGCGGCAGGCAAUCUGGAUGAACUAGCUGACGAUUCUGGAGAGAUUCACUGCGUCUUUGUUUGCUGCGACUUGCCAUACCAGUACAUCGAUGAGUAUUUUGCGAAAUUGGGACCUGAGUAUUUUCCUGCAAUCCACAACGAGAACCUUACAAAGGUUGACCUUCACCGUUAUGAUGAGGCAUGGGAAAAGACUCCAACUGAAGUCUUGAUGCAAAUUCCGCCUGCGAGUGCUAUUCAGACCAACGAAACCCAUUUACCGAGCACACCACGCUAUGUCGAUACAAGUAGUGCUGCACUUAUCCCCCGCCUUCCAAACACGAUCAUUCUCGAUCUGAGACAACGCGAAGACUACCAGACGCACCAUAUCGCAGGUUCCGAAAACAUUCCGAUCGUCGAGUCUAGUGACUGGAAGCCGUUCUCUGACUCGAAGGUCCUGGAACAACUAUGGCUCAAGCUGGAGGCGACAUUUGACUCGAACAAAGAUGUUGGCAAACAGUUGGAAGAACAUCGACAAAAGCCCAUCCUAGUCUUGUGCUACGAUGGCGACAGCGCCAGAGUAGCAACUAGUGUCCUGCGUGCAAAGGGCUUCGAGGCCGACAGUAUUCGAGGAGGCUUCCGUGCUUUGAAAGAGCUUGAGAGAACUACCGAAGCAACAUCGGCGGGUCGUUCUAAAGACGUGCCCGUAACCUCGAGCGUUGAAGAAUUGGUUGGUCAUCGUCAGCCGUAUCUCCAGCUAGCAUGA